GUUACGGGCUGCGCACGUUGUUUUCGCUGUACUCUGUGUGAACGGGGGGAGGGGGGAGUCGGGGGAGCGUUUCGCGCGAACAAGGGGAUUUUGGGGUUUCUUGAGCCGUCUUCUCUUUUUAACGACAGUUUGAGACGUACAUGUACGCGUCAACGACACCAUAAUCGCUGAUUGUUUUAAUUUGAAAGGGUUUUAAUUGAAUUGAAUUUGUUUCAAUUUUACGCGACUGUCUUUAGGUUUUAAUUAAAUAUAAAAUUAGGUGUCCUCUGAGCUUUGUGGGCAUACCUAUAUGAACUGAUUGAUGUAUGAAUAAUGGAAAACAGUGUGAUAUGGGCGCUAUGGUUGUGUGGCAUGAUUGGAUUUUUGCACAAUAUACAGCCAGCCUUGUGUUUCAGUGUGGAUACCCGCCAUCCCAGAAUAUUCACUGACAUGGGUGCUGGCUCGUACUUUGGCUACCAGGUGUGUCAGUUUGGACAAGUAAGCACGGACAGUGUUUUGGUCACUGACCCUCUCCGUGACAACAGGACGGGUGGAGUGUACAGGUGCUCCUACCACAGCCGUAACUGUGAGGCACUGCCUUUGAAAGGAGAGCCUGGCAGUACACUUGGGAUGACGUUAACAUGUGAUACAGGCAGAGCAAUGGUGUGUGGACCACAUCUCUCACACAGCUGUGGAAGUUUCAAUUACCUCAAUGGUUUAUGCAUGGAAUUGGGGCCACAACUUAAUGCCACGCAAACACUUAAGCCUGGCUUUGAAGAGUGUCGUCACAAGGGCCUGGAUGCCGUGAUCCUGUUUGAUGACUCUCAGAGUAUCAACAAGAGGGACUUUGCCACCAUGAUAACCUUCAUCAAAAAUAUCAUACGCAUGUUUAAGGACCCCAAAUCACAGGUUGCUGUGGCUCAGUUUUCUACUGCGGCCUACGCUGUUUUCCACUUUGAGAAAUUUCAAGUUGACCGCGACCCAGACAGCCUUCUCCGGUCCGUCCCGCAGACACAAGGACAAACGUACACCCCCUCUGCCAUCCGCUAUGUGCUGGAGAAGAUGCUGACCACAGACAGGGGAAUGAGAGAGGACUCUAAGAAGCUGCUGGUGGUGAUAACUGACGGCAAAUCCAACGAUCCAAAGGAAACAUUUGAUACAGUGAUAUCUAUGGCAGAGAAGAGGGGCGUGACCAGAUUUGCUAUUGGGGUGGGGCGAGAGUAUUCCCGGCAGGAGCUGGAGCUGAUCGCCUCUUCCCCGAAGGAUGUGUUUGAGUCGCAGAGCUUCAGUGCUCUGAACUCCAUUCAGCAACACCUUAAGGAGAAGAUCUUUCCCGUUGAAGGUACAGAUAAGUCUCAGUUCAGUGCCUUCCAGUUUGAACUGUCCCAGGGAGGGUUUAGUGCGGCGUUCGCUCAGGAUGCAGUGUUGUUUGGGGCAGUAGGGGCAUUUGAGUGGUCAGGGGGCAUUGUCAGAGAGACUCAAGGGGCAAAUAGCUCCUUCAUCAACGCCUCAGCCGUGGAACAAGAUAUGAAAGAUUCUUUCCUGGGCUACUCUGUGGCCGUGGCUCAGGUUAAUAACAUCACGGUGUACUUUGCUGGAGCUCCCAGAUACAACCACACUGGCCUGGUACUGGCCUUCCAGAAGGACCACCUCGACCAAAACUGGACCGUAGCUCACAGGAUCUAUGGGACUCAGCUGGGCUCGUACUUUGGUGCGGAGCUAUGCACACUACACGUAUCCAGGAACGGUUGGGCGGGGUUGCUGCUGGCGGUGGGGGCACCCCAGUACCAUUCCGAGGGGGUGGGGGGCGAAGUCCGCAUCUGCACACUGGAUGCUGGUCCUCUCUUUCCUACCAACUGCUCCGUCUCUCUGCAUGGAUCGCCAGGGAAUGAUCGUGGUAAAUUUGGGGCGUCCCUGUCAGCCUGUCCGGACCUGAACGGGGAUGGGGUGCCGGAGUUAGUAGUGGGAGCUCCACAGGAGGAUGGGGAGAAGGGCAGCGUCUACAUCUUCCUGGGGCAUCCAGGAGGCAUCCGGACGAAGUACAGUCAGAAGAUCUCAGGGGCGAACAUUGGGAAUGGCCUGCAUUAUUUUGGGGUUUCUGUGCACUCGUCUGGGGACGUGAGUUCAGAUGGACUGACGGACGUGGUGGUUGGGGCCAGGGGAGCUGCAGUCCUUUUGAGGUCCCAGCCGGUGAUAUGCCCGUCUAUGUCCGUCUCCUUUGACCCCCCCGUCAUCCCACAGGACCGCUUCCACUGUGCAGCCCCCCGCAGUCCUCACUCACUCGUUUCCACGGCGACUGCGUGCGUCACCAUCGAUGGGGUUCUCACAGGGAGCAUAAGCGCUGUGCUCAGAGCCGCAGUGUCCAUGUCCUUGGAGCUGGACGCCCAGACCAGGCCGGCACGCCUGCACCUCGACCCCAACUCGGCCUCCUUGCACUGGACCGCAACCGUUGCACACACCACCUGCUAUAAUCUCUCCAUCAGCCUCUCGGUCAAUGCGUGUAUCUCUCAUUACAGUGCAGUGCCUCUGUCAGCGCAGCUAACUGUAAAGGGGCAGAAGGUUGAAGGGACAGAGGGUUUGCUGCCCGUCAUGGGUCCUGAUUGCCCUUCCUCGUUCACUUUCCCGGUAUUGCUCGAGGAGGUAUGUGGAGAGGACCAUGUGUGUGUUUCUGACCUGCAGGUUUCUCUCAGCAUCACCAGUGUGAUGGUAGUCAGCAGUCAAGGCUACCCAGUUGACGUUUCCGUGGAGGUGCUGAAUAGAGGAGAGGAUGCCUCGGGGACAGAGAUGACCCUGGUCUACCCCUCCGCUCUCUCCUUCACACAUGCCAAAGCGUCUUCAGCAAUGAGCAAUUUGUAUUGCGUGUCUAACACUACAAGUGUCAACAAUCAUACACAAACAGUGUGUCGGCUCAGUACCAGCGUCCUUAGACAGGGGGCAGCGAUGAAGGUGCUGGUUUUUCUCUCUGUGUUACAUCCCUCUGAUCUGACGGACACAGUUACAGUACAGGCGACUGUCAGCAGUAAAAAUGAGCAUGCUGAGACCUUACAGGACAACUAUGGCAACUGCUCUGUAGCUGUCAGGCUGCCAAUCAACAUCAUUAUCAAAGAGCAAAAUUCCACCCGAUACCUUACCCUCCCUGGGGGGAAGCUGCUCGAACACACAUUCACGGUGGAGAACGUUGGAAACGCGGACGUUCCAGUGAAUGUAACGUUUGUGGUUCCCGUAGAGAUGGACUUUGGCCUCCGUUGGAAUGUUUCUCUUCCUGUAACGGACAGAAGAGCAAUUUGUGUGACGAAGGGGGUCAUCUCUCGCAAUGACAAAAACACUACUUUGGUCCAGUAUUGUAGUGGCACCAUUUGUCAUCUGAUUGGCUGCACUGUUGACCUGCUGGGCCCUGAAGAAUCAAUUGGAUUCCCAUUCGUGGGGAACAUAAAUGGAGACAUUGCAGUUUCAGGUACACAGAUGAAGGUGUUGAGCUGGGGCUUCCUGUCAUUUGACCCACACAAAUACGCUCAGUUCCCUCCGAACAGAUUUCACAACUGCACUAUUGGCACAGUGCUGGAAACACCCUCUACAAGCCAAAGAAACCUCAUCAUCGCGGGCAGUGUUGUAUCCGCGUUGUUGCUAAUGGCGAUUGUCUUUGCGAUUCUCUACAAGAUUGGAUUUUUUAAAUCCAAAGACCACGAUGAUGAUGAUGACCCAAGGCCUCCCCAGCAGGAGACUGAAGGAACUACAGAGCCCUCUGCUGACAGGGAGACCACACUGUAGCCCUACCUGAAGUACAGCAGCUUCCCAACCAUGGACCAGCCUCAACUGCAGUCGAACCCAAGAUUCAGCAGGGUCUUGACUUAACUGCAGCUCAGCCCAGACUGUAGCAUUGUCCCAACUUGCACAAACUUUGACCAGGGCUGUUUCUGUACAAUUGUCUGCUCGUGUUAUAGCCAGCUCUGACUCAGGUUUGAAGUGCGGUACAGAGAAUCAAGAUGUGAUAUUUAAUGGUUACAGUCUGAGCUGCUCAAAACAUGUACAGAAAAGUGCAGGCAAAGAGACCAGGGAAUGCACUGUAGUUUGACAGACCAGGAUUGUGCAGUCUGACAUUUCAAAGAUGACUUAGAGUCCACAGCAUACUUUCAAACGGUAACCCCGCCUAAACUUGAGUCUAAUGCAAAGUGGGAACAACAUCAAACUAUUGACUCCAAAAUGUUAACAAGUACAGUAAAACGGUAUUUUUAUUUUUUAUUAUGACUCACAGGAAACCCCAGAUAUGCAGAGGACUCACAGCCUCACACCCUCUUCCUCUAAGUAAAGUCAGCUUCUCACUCAAAUGCCUUCUGAGGCAAAUAUAUUAAUAUGCUGUUAUUGCUUACAAUGUCCUUUUGUGAAUUUCACUUGCUAUAUGAAUUGCUUUCCCACUGCCGAAAUCAAGAAUGUGCCCCAUUCUCCUUGAUAAAAAAGUGUUCAGUACAAAAUGGGAUGCCUUUUACCAGAAGCAUUUUUUUUUCCAUACACAACAGACAGCGAGACAGAGUGAAUUUCACACUCACAACAUGACACCAAACAUUCAUGUCAUCAGUUAGAUGUUUAAUAAUUUAAACUACACCACUGUGAACAAUCUAAUGGUACACAGAAACACAACUACAACAGCAUAGUGUCUGUCUGUGGGGUGAUA